AUGGAUCAUUUUGAUUUCUCUUCAACAUCAAAUACCUUAGUGGCCAGUUUGGUUAAAGGGAUAACCAUUGGGUUCAAUGGCAUUAACAUUUCCCAUCUCCAGUUUGCAGAUGACACAAUUAUUUUCUGUGAAGCCGAAUUGAAUUGUACCUGCCAGAAGCUCCCUCUAAAGUAUCUUGGAAUGCUAUUAGGGGCCAACCCAUCAAGAAGAGGAACAUGGAAACCUGUGGUGGAGAAAUUUAAGAAAAAACUAAUAGGUUGGAAAAGGAGAUUGCCUGGAUGUGUGGGAAAAGAGAUUGAUAAGAUUCAACAAGCUCUCUUGUGUGGAGACUUUGAUGUGAAAAAGAAAGUCCACUUGGUGAAAUGGAAGGAUUUAACCAAGGAUAAAAGGCAAGGAGGGUUGGGGAUUAGAAACUUAAGAGUUGUGAACAAUAGCUUGCUUGCUAAGUGGUGGUGGAGAUUUGGGAUGGAAGACAACUCAUUAUGGAAACAAUUCAUCUACAGUAAGUACAAGUCAGAGAACGGUAGAUGGUUUCUUUUUCAUGUGGAGUGGUCUAGGGCUAGAAAUCAGAACAACUGGGCAUUCAACUUCAAAAGACCCUUAUUGGCAUGGAAGGAAAAUGAACUACAGAGACUUCAUGAUGUUCUAGGAAAGGGUUCUGAAUUGAGAUUGGAAUCUAAUGAUAGUGUUUUGUGGAAAGCUAAUCUUACAGGUAUUUUCAGUGUUAAAUGCGCUGUUAACUGGAGUGAAUCAUCAAAUGGACCUGCUCUAAAACUUUCUGACUUGAUUUGGCACAAUCCUCUCCACCUAAAGCCCAAUUUUUCUCUUGGUUGGUCUGGAAAGAGAGGUUAA